UUAGCUGCCUCCCUCAUCAAGAGCCAGAUCUCAAUAAAAUCAUCAUGGAUUCACUCAUCGCAGCAAAUACUCACUUUGGGUUUAAUCUUUUCAAAGAGUUGAAGAAAAUACAUGAUGGCAACAUCUUGUUUUCUCCUGUUGGUAUGUCAACUGCAGUUGGCAUGCUCUCCCUGGUGACCCGAGGAGCCACCACCUCCCAGUUACAGAAGGUGUUCCACCUUGAAAAAGAUACAGAAGGUUCCAGAACAAAGGGUGAAGAAAAAAAGAUCGAGAAGACAGAAGAGAUACAUGAGCAAAUCCAAAUGUUUUUGACUGAAAUAAGAAAACUCCCUGAUGAUUAUGAAUUGUACAUAGCCAACAGACUGUUUGGAGAAAAAACAUUUCUCUUUCUUCAAAAAUAUUUAGAUUAUGUUGAGAAAUAUUACCACGCAUCUCUGGAACCUGUUGAUUUUGUAAAUGCUGCUGACCAAAGUCGAAAGAAGAUUAAUGCUUGGGUUGAAAGCCAAACAAAUGAAAAAAUCAAGGAUCUGUUUCCAGAAAACUCUCUGAGUAGCUCCACCAAGCUGGUGCUGAUAAAUGCAAUUUAUUUGAAAGGGAAGUGGGAUAGGGAGUUUAAGAAAGAAAAUACCAAGGAGGAGGAAUUUUGGCUGGAUAAGAGUACAAGUAAAUCUGUGCAGAUGAUGGCACAGAGUCAUUCCUUUAGCUUUGUUUAUCUGGAGGACUUGCAGGCCAAAAUUGUGGGGAUCCCAUAUAAAAACAAUGAGCUCAGCAUGUUCGUGCUUCUGCCCAACGACGUUGAUGGUCUGGAGAAGAUUAUAGAUAAAAUAACCCCUGAGAAGUUAAUGGAGUGGACCAACCCUGGGCAAAUGGAGACAAGGAAUGUGAGUCUGCACUUGCCCCGGCUUGAAGUGCAGGACAGCUACGACCUGGAGGCUGUCCUGAUGGCUCUGGGCUUGGGAAAUGCUUUCAGCGAGCAAGACGCGCAUUGCUCAGGAAUGGACCCGCACUCCAAGCUGCAGGCCCAGCGGUUCCUACACCGGUGCUUCCUGGAGGUGACUGAGGAUGGCACCGAGGCCGCUGAAGCCACCAGCAUGACCUUUACUGUCUCAUCAGACUCAGGCUAUGAAUAUGUUCAUUGUAAUCAUCCUUUCCUAUUCUUCAUCAGACACAAUGAGUCCAAGAACAUCCUCUUUUUUGGGAGAUUUUCUUCUCCUUAA